AUGGGUGAUUACUACCGCCAAUUUCUUUCUACAAUGUCGGGGGCGGAAGGCUAUCUGCCUACUAGCCCCGACGAGAUAAACCAGGUCCUCGGACCCGGAGUUCCGUUGCCAAUGUCGACCCCUCCAAUGCACUCUCCAUAUCCCUCCAAUAUGGGAAACAUGGGAUAUUUCGCCGGGUAUCCGGAGCCUACAAUAAUCAAUGCCCCGAAGGCCAGCAAGAGCCGGCGGCGUUCAGCUGCCAGCCAGGGCGGGAAUUUAGAUCAAGUGAAGCAUCGUAGGACACGCUCUGGUUGUUAUACGUGCCGGAGCCGCCGAGUCAAGUGUGACGAGACCCGGCCAAUCUGUGACCGAUGCAGGAAAGGCAGCCGGGACUGUAUUUAUCCUGAACCACCAGGAUCCAAAGGUAAUUCGGGCCAGCCUACAGCCAAAUCUAAAGACGGUUCAUCCGCUCAGUACAUAAGUCCCACAUCUUCUAACGAGGGGGAAGAAGACGAUACAGAGCAGGAUGCAAGACUCGGAACCAUUCCCGAUGAUGACGAACCCGAUGGAACCCCCCGGCGAGAAUCGAUGUCUGUCAUCUCACAACCCCGGAGAGCAAGUGCGGCUUCGCCUAAUAUGGCCCUUACGAGCGCCCGCCAAAACUCUGAGACACCAUCGCAGGAAGGCAAUAAGAGCGUUUCACCCUCAACUUCCAAUGUAACGACGGGAAGCUGGACACCGGCUGGUUACCAGGGGACGGAAACGACUUUGCCAGCGAGCGGAGGCUUGGACCGGAUGCAUCUACCCCAAGAUUUUCGGAGUUAUCUCCGAUAUUACAGGGACAAUAUGACAAAUUACCACUAUGGCCUGGCGGUCGACGAAGACGACUUUUUCCAUUCCGAGCUACCGAGUGUUGCGAUACAAUGUGAGCCGCUGCUCAAUGCAUUAGUCGGGUUUGCUGCGUAUCAUGUUACUUUACAAAAUCCAAAUGGACAACUGCAAGACUUCCUGCAGUACUAUAACAAAAGCGUGACUCAGUUGCUGAGUCUUUUAAAAAGAAAAGAGACGCACAGUGUCCAUGUACUGCUGACAAUAUUGCAGCUCGCUACAAUUGAGGAGUAUCUGGGGGAUUGGGUCAAUCUCAUGGGUCAUCAGAAGGCUGCAUUUGAAAUUCUUACCCAUAUCUACACGCCGGAGACGGCGAUGCAAACCUCGAUAGGUCGAAUGUGUCUCAGCUGGUAUGCUCGAUUCGAUAAUAUUAUUGCGCUGAUGGGUAGGUUUCCUACCGAGAUACCCCGUGAGUGGUUCACCACCAUGAUUGCGUAUUUCCAAACUCAGAUGGCGUCAAAUCCCCUGGAACUGCGCUGGAAGAUUGAAGACCGAUCCGCUCGCUUACGCCUCAUCUCUUACGACAUGUCGACCUUGUACGCUCGUGGAAGCCGAAAACAAAUCGCACCGACGGAUUACGCCAAUGAGCACAAUUUUCUGACUGCACAGCUUGAAGAAUGGAAGGCAAGCUGGGAUCCGAUGCUAUGCGACCAAAAACAUCUCAUUACCGACUUUAACUGGCAACGUCCCUUGAGCCCCGACGAUAUUGUCAACCCAUAUCGCCCGGGCUUACUCUACGAUCACCCCCUAUUCAACAACACCGUCAUCAUGAUGGAAUGGCAUAGCAUUGUUAUUAUGCAUAAAACUCAGUCACCAAACAUCUCCCCAGAACAGCUGUUCACUGAAUUAGGAGGGCAUGCGUUUACGGUUUGCGAACUCUUCGAGUGCUUUGAGUAUUGGCCAGAUUUGCCACCGGGGACAUUAAUCGCGAUGCAGCCAUGUCUUGCGAUUGCGGGCCUCUUCUUGCCGCACCAGCCGAGCAAUAAUAUGUGGCUGAGACGAAAAUUUGCCCUUCUGGAAACCCAGGGGCAUAUUAACCCUGCGACUCGCCGUGAAAAGAUGGCAGAGAUCUUUGGAGACCCUUCAUGUGCCCAGUGGUGGCUGCCUAAUGAUGAAGGGUUUACGCCGAUUCUGAAAAGCGUAAGAAGCUUUGCGGACGAGCGAAACGCUAGAGCGAUGAAUACACAACAAGUCAACCUCCGUGAGGUUAAGCACCUCUUUGAUAAACUGAUCCUUUAA